CAGAACCGCCAUCUUGAAAUACGUACCGCACAUCCUCCCCUUUUCACGUUGUACGGAGAGGGUCUUAGACCAGAGGAGGGGGUCGUUUGGCCCUAAUAUUCGAAUUCAGUGAUUGGAAACACGAUAAUUUAACAGCAAUGUCAAAACAAAGCAUAAUGGACCGCGUUACAGCGGCAAAACACAGUAUUGCAGGCCAAGGAUUGGCCAAGGUUGUGUGUAAAGCUACUACCGAGGAGGUGAUGGGACCCAAAAAGAAACAUUUAGACUAUUUAAUACAGUGUACAAACGAACCCAAUGUCUCAAUCCCCCAGCUAGCAGAUCUUCUAAUCGAACGCACCCAACACCAGAGCUGGGUCAUUGUCUUCAAAGCUCUCAUCACCACACACAACCUUAUGAACUAUGGAAAUGAGAGGUUCACACAGUACCUGGCUUCCAAUAAUUGCUCCUUCAACUUGGCACAGUUCAUCGAUAAACAGGGAGUCCAAGGCUAUGACAUGUCAACCUUCAUUAGACGAUAUUCCAAAUAUUUAAAUGAGAAAGCUGUCUCCUAUCGGCAAAUGGCCUUUGAUUUCUGCAAAGUCAAAAGAGGCAAGGAUGAUGGCUUAUUAAGGACAAUGAAUGCAGAUAAGCUUUUAAAGACACUACCAGCCCUUCAGAAGCAGUUAGACUCGCUGUUAGAAUUUGAUUGUGCUCCAAAUGAGCUUACAAACGGAGUCAUCAACGCCUGUUUUCUUCUAAUGUUUAAAGACCUGAUUAGAUUGUUUGCCUGUUAUAAUGACGGCAUCAUUAAUUUAUUAGAAAAAUACUUUGAUAUGAAUAAAAAGCAAUGCAAAGAUGCUUUAGAAAUUUACAAGAGAUUUUUAGUGCGGAUGGAUAAAGUAUCAGAAUUCCUGAAAACCGCAGAAAAUGCUUCAAAAAAUCCCCAUCAGAGUGUGGGUAUUGACAAAAGUGACAUACCUGACCUUGCUAAGGGUUUGAGGAACAAUGCUAACUCUGCUCCCUCUAGUCUCCUUGAUGCCUUAGAACAGCAUUACCAGUCAUUGGAAGGGAAGAAAGGGGUGACAACUCCAGUCAGUGGCUCCAAGCCCGUGGGUUUCGCAGCAGCCAUCAGCACUAUUUCUAACAACACGCCAACAAUAAAUGUCUCUGAGGAGGAACGCCAGCGAAUUCUGGACGAGGAAAAUGCCCGUCUCCAACAGCUCAAGAAGGAACAGCUUGGCAAGAGCACUGCUGACUCUCCAAAUAAGGAGCAGAGACUAAAGGAACUAGGCCAGUCCCCCCAGACUACCUCCAAUAAUCCCUUUGCCACACAGACUCAGAACGGAACGAGUGAUCUACUGGGGUCCCCCAUGAAGUCAGCUCAGCCCCCCUCAGCGAGCGACGACCUACUUAGUCUCACGGGGAACCCUUUUGUUCAGAACGUACAGAACGUCAUGGCGAUGCAGGCCGCGACACAAGCCAUGAGUCAACCCAACUCCUUUGCUCAGUGGAAUAAUACACAGAAUCCCAGCAUUCCUGCUACGAGUGGUUUGUUCACGUCAGAUGCUGAUUUUGAGAAAGUGUUUCCCAACCAAUCUGCCACCAUGUCAACGGGCCAACUAACAGAUGCCACAGGUCUCUUAGUUCCCCAGACUCCACAAAAACCAGACCUGCUGUCUCAAGAGGACACUCUAGAAUCUCUAGAUCCCCUUAUGCCCACCUCCAAGUUGUCCACGGUAACCACCAAUAGCGGACUGGCAUCUGGUGGUAUCUUUAGUGUGGAAUGUUCUAAAGAAGACAACACGUCUCUGUUGUCAUCCUUUGGGAGUUCUGAUGUAGCAGGCCUUGCUUCUUUUGGGAAAGGAACAAACAUCUUCGGAGCUGGUUGUCCCAGUCCUACCAUUGGAAACAUCAGUUCUGUAGGUGGUGCAGGAGCCACCAUGAUGGGGACCACCUCAGUAUACCCAGGGCCACCAAUGCCUGCUAGCCCAGCUCUCCAACACAGAAGUUUGACUCCUACUUUUAAAGAUUCAGCUCCAGGACGUUUAAGCCCCGCCCUUGUUUCCACCGACCAAUCAGGAUUUGAUGCAUUUGGUGAAGUUUUGAAACCAACAUCAACUGUAGAUGGGAUGAACAGCACAAGAAAUGAAAAACUUAUCAACAAAGACCUUGACUCAAGUCUCUCACAGCUGGCUGGCAACCUCAAUAUCAAGGGGUCAGGGUCACAGGUCAAAAAACAACAGCAUGACUGGCAGCCGAAGGGCGAACAGAAGAAGACGGGUGGUCAAAACUGGCAGGGAGUGACCCCCAAUGUAUCGUCCACCACCUGGACCUCGCCAAACUACGGUCAACCCAUGGUAAAUAGUGAGCCCAAUUUGACUAACCAGUCUACCAUGGUUAACUCUCAACAGCCUGUGAUGAUGGCACCAGUCAUGGGAUACGGAGUACAACCAAUGAUGCAGCAACCAGGAAUGAUGGGCAUUAGACCAGUGGGUAUGCAACCAGGGAUGGGAAUGCAACCUGGCAUGGGGAUGCAACAACCCAUGGGAAUGCAGCAACCUAUGAUGUAUGGAAUGCAACCUGGGAUGGGACCCAUGAUGUCACAGCCCCGCCCACCUGCACAAACCAAUCAGGAUCCGUUUGGAGCAUUAUGAGAAUCGUCAUUUUCUAUUCAUCAUUCAGGAAUAGACAUAGUCGUGUGAGUGUUUGUGAACCAGAUAAGGGCAGGGAACAAAUGUGUACAUCAUCGCCAUGGCAACCAUGAACUUCUACAUUCCUACUCAAAUCCAUAUCUGAUCUAUGCACGUGAAGAAAAUGGCUCUCAAAUAUGGCUUUAUCCAAAAUCAGUAUAUGAAAGGUCAAGGACAAAUAUAGCAUGACCUCUGACCCACCAGUAGUACAAUAACUAAAUCUACAUAGAAACUCAUAAAACCAGAGGCCAGCUAGUCAUUCAGUUGUGCAAUUGUGAGAAGGCCAUAGUUACUGUUUUGUAAAUCGCAUCCCCUGUCUGAGAGCAGAUGGGACACCCAAAUCACGUCACCGUGUGUAAGUCGUGUCAGAAAGUAAAAAUCAAGUGUAUAUAAUUUAUGUGUAGUCCAGAAGUCAAUAUCAUACACAGUGGAAGUGUUAGUCAAGAUUGAGAGAAAGGGAGUAUGGUUGUGCUUGUAUUCUGUUGGCAUGGUAACUGUUACCAUGGCUAUUUUUAUGUCAUGACCUCAUACUUUUCUACUUCAUGUUUAGGUUGUUCGUUUCUGAAUUGACUACAGAUCUAGAUAAGGCCAGCAUGUUAGGUUUGAAGUUUACAACAAUGUAUUUAAAACAAAUAAGUAUGCUGUAACAAGUGAUAGAUGGACAUUCAUUUCAUUUCUGUUAAUAAACUUGUAAUGUAUGAGUGCUAAACAAAUUCAUUGUUAUAAUUUUUUGUUGCAAUGUAUAUCCUGUGUUAUAUUGGUAUAAAUGGAACUAUUACUGUUAAGUUUUAGUAUAAUGGUGCCCAAAAUACAUUUAAAUAAUAUUAAUAUAUUCACAUAUUAUUCAAUGUUGUAAAAUUAUUUAGUGGAAUGUACUUUAUGUAAAUAUCAAUAUUAGGAGAUAUGUUGGUGAAUUUUAAAUUGGUGUCAAAAUGUGUUGGUCACUCCAAUAGAGGUCAAGGUCAGAUUUAGAUGACCUGGACCAUUUUCUAAUUCUCCCUUAGCUUGGACUCCUACAAGUCUUAAGGUAGCUCCUUAGUGGUCCUAUUAUGCAGAACUUGAAUUAUCUGUGAUUGUUAAUUAAUCUCACAACAGACACCUGUAUCAAAGAAUGUCAACAAAAACACAUUCCAGAUUGUCACAAAUCUUACCCUCACUCAGUUAAUUCAAAUGUUCUAAAUCACAGAACCCCUGAUCCAUUGUGGAUUUGGUUGGAAAUUGCCAUUAUAUUUUUUAUGUUUAAUUUGGAUUUCCAUGUCAAAAUAUGAGAUAAAUCUAAAAAUAGAAGGUAAUAAGAACUUGCUAUUAAUUAAUGUUGAUAAAAUAUACCUUCUUUUUGUAUCUCUUAUUAGAAUAUAAAACUAAUCCAAUUAAAAGCAAAUAGAAUGUCAUGAUUCAUUCCAUUUUUGGUGACGUAUUUUGUCCAUGAUUUCUUGAGCAAGCAAACAAAUUGUAAUAUAAGUAGUUACAGACAAAUGAGGGGAAGACAAAAUUAUCACAUUUAAAUUCUGCCUUAAAUUCUGUCUGUACAUUUCAUGUAAACUUUCCGAUUCCUGACAAACAAAAAAUGACCGAUGCUGCCAUAAUAAAUGUGAUAUUUUAGGAUCAGAUCUGUUUCAGAACUUUUGUACAGAACUAUAGCAAGUUUCGUUCAGAUCUGUGUGAGAACUUUUGUAGAGAGCUGUAAGUUUCUGUUGAUCAGAUGUAGUUGCUCUAGACACAAUAAACUCAUUCUGCAUCUGG